AUGGCUCCCAAAACAUAUACACCUACCUUUUUUCUGCUUAAGAAUCGUAUGCCGGCUUCAGAGAGUGCCGACCUGCUCGGGCGUGUUGUGCGGCGGUACCAAGACCCUGUGUUUGACUACACGCCCGAAUCGCCGGAAUCGACCCUGACCUCUGAUGUAUUCGCGCGCUUCCGCCUCUCUCCGCAAUACGACGAUGACGCCCGAUACACGGGGCAAGCCGCCUUGUCGUCCAAUGCUCUCUUCCAGCUACUCACCCGCCUCUCGGCCUCCAACACGACCUCUAAUACCACAGCCGUCGUUUCCCCGCGGAUCGUCACCCGCCGUUUGAAGCUUGAGUCGGAAUAUUUCGCAGCGCUCAAGGCCAAUCCCGCCAUCCGCCGGAAACUCCUUGAGAUGUGUCCUGUUAACGACAAGGUCUAUCUCAUCGUCGGCACAAUGAGCGUCCAGGAAGCUAGCUUCGAGCGGUCCACCCUGAUGGGCCGCAGCACAAACACGGGCAUCACGCUGCCGUUGGGUCUAGCAGCCAGUGCAGCUUCCAUUGCCACCGGUGUGCCUCUCCCUGGUGUUGCCGACGCCAUACCAGAUGCCGAAGCGGGGUUUGAGAGAGGUAGUGUUGUUUCGUCGACUGCGUCAUUUACCACAUCUGUGAAGGAAGGGGAAGAGGUUAUUGCGAUUGCGUGCAGGACUGUCACGAGAACAUGGCGUGGGUUCGGGAAGGAUGUGCAGAUGGGGACAAGGCAACCUGAGUAUAGGGGGGGUCAGCACUUUGGGGAGGGGAGUGGGAGUGAUAGUGAAUUUGAGGACGAAGACGAGGGGGGCAGUGGAAGGUCUGAGGAGGUUGAGGCGGCGUUGGCCAUGGGCCUUGAGUUAGGUGAUGAGGUGUCUGGCUCUUUUGAAGCUGAUGGCCAGAGGUGGCUACGGCCAUUACUCUGUUAA